AUGGAAAUUGUUGACUAUAUGUGUAACUCUACCGACAUAACGGAACUAAAAGAUGCAAACCAGAGUGCAGAAAACGACGACCUGAACACGGUGUCCGGUCUGCCGGAUACUAAAACUAAGCUACUUGUCACAUUUCUCUAUGUCACGGUCAUUUUCGUGGCUGUUGGUGGCAAUGCUGUUGUAUGUUACACAGUUUUGUGGUUCCAGCAAGUUAAGAACGUGACAAGCUAUUUCAUUGUUAACUUGGCUUGUAGUGACAUGCUAAUGGCCAGUGUGUGUAUUCCCUUCACGUUUGUGUCCAACCUGAUACUCAUGUACUGGCCUUUUGGGGCCAUCAUGUGCCCCUUGGUGUGUUACCUCCAGACUGUAUUUGUCUUUGUUAGCGCCUAUACAAUGGUGGCUGUUAGCAUUGACCGAUACAUUGCUAUAGUGUACCCGAUGCGGUACCGUCUUUGUAAGCGACACGCCGUUCUCAUGAUUAUUGGAGUGUGGGGACUGUCUCUGACUAUCUCUCUACCCACAGCCCUCACCUCCACAGUCACGCUAGACAACGGUGUCCCAUUAUGUCAGGAAAACUGGCAAGAAUCACUACUGAAGUAUCAUUACAGCCUGGUGGUUAUGGUAUUACAGUACUUUUUGCCCAUCCUGUUCCUUUCGUUUGCCUAUAGUCGUGUUGCCGCGGCCAUCUGGUUCAGGAAGAGUCCUAGCAAACGGAUUUCCGAUGCCAGGCUUACCAACAAUAAACAAAAGAUGGUGAAAAUUAUGAUGAUCAUUGUGAUACUGUACGCCAUUUGUUGGCUUCCGCUGCACGUGGUCACUCUGCUAGGCGACCAGAAUCCGGCCCUCUACGAUCGUCCCUUCAUGCCCAUCGCCUGGAUCUCCUUCCAUUGGCUGGCUAUGAGCAACAGCUGCUACAACCCCUUCAUCUAUUACUGGAUGAGUAACACGUUCAAACUGGGGUUCAAGUCUCUGCUUAUUUGUAGAUGUUGUGUGUGUAAACAUCGGAACACGCGACAUUACAAGAGGGGGCUGUGGCGAACGAAAGCAAGAAAAGAGUCACCGUGUAGGAAGUCUUACGUGGGACAAAAUGUUCUCGGCGACAGAAAACGUUGUAUCGAAUCCUUUAGUUCAAGUGUGUAA